AUGACUACGAAAAAAACAAGAAUAACUGUUCUUUUCGAUAACCUGCAGGAAUUGGAGCAGAUUGCACCCGAUUCGCAACAUGGCACCAAUAACUCAGCAAGCAUCCUGAUCAAAGGAUCCGGCCAACAAGUUCAAUACAGAACUGUUGUGGAUUACGUCGGUGAAUUCCAACACGUGCGUAUAACAUGGAAAGGUUCACAAAACACUCGAAACAGCUUUCUCGAGGCACCCUUAACGGAAGGCCUGAACGUCUACAUCGUAACCGGUGAACCCUUUACACAUAUAAAGAGGGCCAUAGACUCAGCCAAGUAUCAAUUACUUCACUCUGGGUAUUUUGAUAAAGAACUUGUGCGCAGGUUUCUUCCUGCUGAGAUUUUUGAAGUUGACGAUUUGGAUUGGCAGUCAAAAGAUUACGACAUAACGCUUGAUAGCACAAAACAGAGGGCUCAAAUCGACGAGUUUUAUGAGCUCGAAAAGGAUCAUGAUCAGAUUAUACAGUACCUUGAUAGCUACGGUAAACUGGAAGUCGGACUCUUUUUCCCGGAAUCUCCCGACGAAAUCGAUGUGCAUCUAAACGGGGCGGUCUGUAGUUGGAAUAGUAAUGGCGUAAUCGAGCAAUGCCGAAAGACUUACCUAUUUUACCAAAGGGCGCACGUCACAAGUCCAGAAAGCCAUGGGGUGCCAGUUGACCUAUUGGAGCCGGUGGGCCUUCAUCCUACCCUUUCAGUGGACUUGCGAAACCGCUCCUCACCUGAUAACUGUGGAUACUACUUCUAUUUAACAACCCCAGCUGAUCUUUUUCUGGACAAGUUUCAGUCGAAUCCAAUUUUCAUUGCAGGAGCUACGGACUUGGAGGCACCAGAAUAUGCCGUCACUGACUCCAGCUGGGGAAUUGAAAUGUUACUUGCUCUGACGCCAGAAAAGGUGAACGAAGUCAAUUUGCACACACGUUACAUCCGGCCCCAAAUGUUGGGAGGGCACAAAUCGGUAAAAAUUUCACCUGUUAUCUUCCAAGCUUGCGAUACGGAGUACGACAACAUUCAUGAAAAUCCAUUCUACUCAAAAUCAUCAGGAUUCGACUCACUAUUCACUAAUAACACCCAUUUCAACCAUCUCAAUACUUCGACGUUUACCGUCAACAUCCCUGCGGCAACUGCAGGGGCGUACGACAUCAUUCAGGUCGGAACCUGGGCAACCUUGUUUUUCUCCACUUUGUACAUUCUGAUAAAAAUAUUCAGGAAAAAAUAA